GUUGAGAACAAACCGAGCUUAUACAUCCAGUCCUUGGGAUUUUCUUUGGUCCGUCAGUUUGGUGUUAUAAGUUCAACUUGUUUUCACGUAAAACAAUUUAACAUAUGAACUAAUUUUUAUAUAAUUUUUUAAUAGUUUAUAUUGUUAAAUUUUAAAACGCGAGAACAAACCGAGCUUAUACGUCUUUAGUAUUUUCUUUGGUUUGUCAAUUUGGUGUUAUAAGGACUAGACGUAUAUUAAAAAAAAUUCAAUAUAAUUUCUUCAACUAUAUUUAUUUUAAAACUAACAUAAAUUAAAUAAACGUUUUUCUAUAUAAAACUUAAAAAAUAGUCUAAAUUGUUAAAUUUUUCUAGGUCUCGUCCUUCAAAUUUCCUUUGGUUAGUGAGACUAUUAUCAUUCUAAGUAUUAUACGUGGUUGAAACAAAAUAGAAAGAAUAAUAAACAGAUUUAUUGAGUUGGUAAAAAAUGCAAGAAAAAUCCGGUCCAAAAGACCAACUAAAGUUACGCAAACAAACGACAGCCAAGUACUGCCACACUCUCCAUGCAAAAACUCGCAUUUCCUCUCUCUCUCUCUCUCUCUCUCUCUCUCUCUCUCUCUCUACACUCCCUCCGCCACCACACGUUUUAUUCUCACCAUUAUUCCGAUGGAGGAGCCACGGCUACCUCCGACUAACAAUGAGAACAAUACCACUGAUCCUCCUUCUACGUGUCAUCGCCCCACCGGCAGCCUCCCUCAACUCCCUUCAUCUCCCUCCCAAGUUUCUUCACCUCCACAGCAUUUACGUAAUCAUUCUUUGAAUCUUUCCACACACUUAUCAUCUUCCUCUCCUCCUCCUCCUGAUCCAAUCCCAGAGAUCGAGACUUACGUUGUGCAGGUACCAAGGGAUCAGGUUUACUGGACACCUCCUCCAGAUAAUGCAAAGAUCGUCGAAAGACGUAGGAAUAGCGAGCAAGGGAAAAAUAAUAAAAGAUUCUGUUCUAAACGAUGCAUGUGGUUAUUCAUCUCUGUGGUCGUCAUCGGACUCAUCAUCUGCGCGAUCGCACUCAUCGUUGGUUUUGUAUUCAAGCCGGAACCUCCUGUUUUCAAUGUUAAUAAGCUCGAGAGAUCUCGCCAUUUCGAGAUCAUGCUGACAUCAAAGAACCCAACCUCCACCAUGUGGGUGACCUACAAAGGUCUUGUCUCCCUUAUGUACAAAAACAAGAACCUCGGCCAAGGGAAUUUCCCGGAGCUGUCACUAGCCGUGUCUGGAUCCCAUACGGUCAACCUAGAGCUAGAAGGGUCCAAGAACGCGGCUGUGCUGCCGCCUGAAGUGGUUAGUUUGGUAUUGACGAUGGGGCUCAAUGCCGGAUUUGGCACGGGAUUGGUGAAACGGGACAAGGAAGUGGUAGUGACAUGUGAUAUUAAGGUCAAAGGAUUAUUAAAUGAUGCUCAUAACGUCGAGAUUGUGUCGGAGAGUUGUGAGAGUCAGUUCACUAAAUAAACCUAGAAUUCACACUCAAAAUAUUAUGUUCUGUCUUUUAUUAUAGGUAAAUUAGCGAGCUUUAUCACUUCUCAUGUAAGUUUGUUCUCCUCCGAUUGUCAGCAUAUGCUUUUCUUGUCUUUUGGUUUAA